UUGUUGUUUAGUCAUAAAAAAGACCUACCGUUUGCUAUAAGUCUGUUCGGUCACUACUGGCAUUCGGUAUUUAACACUUCUGUCGCUUUUCUAAAUCAGUGGGACCCCUUUGGUGUUCUCGUCAAGUUCUGGUAAAAAGAGGGUUAACGUCUGACUUUGCGAGAGAGUGGCGUAAAAGAGAGAGAGAGGUAAAAAAAUCCGCGCAUCGAUCCACAACAGUCUUACGAUGUACAUCGUCAUUUAUAAAUUCCAGCGUGAGUUCGAAUACGUAAUGGCGGCUCAACAGGUUGCGAUUCGCGAUGGACAGGACGUGUUGUGGCAGAUUGAAAAUGAAGAAUUUGUACCGGACGGUGAAUCUGAUAUUGACGAUUUUGAUGGAUCUGAUUUUUCUGAAGAAGAAGAAGAAGAAGAAGAAGAGGUAUUUUGGUCUACUGCUGAGAACGAACAGUCAUCAGAAUGGACCCUUAGCACACCAACCAGUACCUCAUCGCCACAAAUUCGAAGGCGAAUUGCUCAUAAACGACAAGAAAGUCCCAUAAUACCGAUAAGCAGAACAAGUUGUCGCCCGUCAACUCUGAGGUCUAGGCAAACUUACAAUUGGGAAAAGUCCUUCGCCGGAAGAUCACUGCGGGCUUUCGGCGGCAAACAAGUGGUGUGCAAUCGACACCUUAAUAGCGAUUCCAGUGCGCUUGACUGUUUUCUUCAAUUUGUAAAUACACGUGUGAUUGGAUUCAUUGUUGAGAUGACUAACCUCAAUGCUACUCGAAAAUUGCACACUCAAUCUAUCAAUAACUGCACCGAAGAGAAGGCUUGGAAAGCCGUUGAUGCAGUGGAGAUGUAUGCUUUUCUUGGAUUGGUCAUUCUUAUGGGGAUCAUCCGUCUUCCAAGUAUCGAUAUGUACUGGCAGAAGAAAAGCUGGAUCUUAGACGUGUCAAGUUUCAAUAAAAUAAUGCCAAGAAGUCGAUUUCGAGAAAUUUGGCAUAAUUUGCAUUUUUGCGACGAAGCUUUGGCGCCAGACGCGGAAGACCCCAAAAAAGACAAGUUAUACAAAAUUCGCGGACUGUUAAAUAUCAUAUUGCCAUUAUUUGAAACAUGCUACACACCAGGAAGAGAAAUCUCUAUCGAUGAAACCCUAAUCCCGUUUAAGGGCCGAAUUAGUUUUCGACAAUGUAUAAAAACUAAGAGGGCACGUUUCGGAAUUAAGGUUUGGGUAUUAGCCGAAUCCUCAACUGGUUAUGUGUCAAGAUUGCAAAUUUACACUGGUAAGGAUCCAACCUCAAAUCCAGAAAUCAGAUUAGCUUCUCGUGUCGUACGAUAUCUGAUAGAGCCUUUCGAAGGCCAAAAUCACCACCUUUACGUUGACAAUUUUUUCACCAGCCCUGAACUCUUCGAAUACCUUCUGUCGAAAGGCGUAUACGCCUGUGGAACUUGCCGAAGCAAUAAUAUAAACUUUCCGAAAGAGAUAACCAUACCAAGAAUUGGUUCAGUUCCAAGGGGCACUAGCGACUGGAGGGUUUCGGGACAAUUACUAGCACAAUCCUGGGCAGAUAAUAAAGCGGUAUACUUUCUUUCUACAAUCCACAGACCUGAAUAUGAUGAAGAACACGAGGAUAAAAAGACCGUGAAAAGAAGAGCUGGGCGUGGAAGAGCAACCGGGUUGGUAGAAAUACAGUGCCCCCCUUUACUUACUGAUUACAACGCUCACAUGGGGGGCGUAGACCUCUCUGAUCAAAUGCGAAAAUACUACAACCUGACAAGAAAAUCGAAGGUAUGGUACAGGCGAGUGUUUUCAUAUUUAAUCGAAGUUGCGAUUCACAACGCAAGAGUUGUAUGCGAAAACCUAUCAGAGAAGCGAUUGAGUGGGUUGGAAUUUAGGGAAGAGCUUAUCACCGCUCUUGUUGGUGACUAUAGAGCUCCGCGGCGCACGUCUGCAACGACGUCUGUUCCAUCUCUUUCCAGACUCGGCCAUGUGGGACGUCAUUUACCAGUGCCCACACAAACUCGGUCGGUCUGUCCUGUGUGCAAGAAAAAGAACAAGGUAGCUUCUGAUCCCGAGCAAGUGUACGUGUCACGAAGUCGCGUGAAAUGCGACGAAUGCAAUGUACACCUUUGUGUGUGCGAUGGUAAAACAUGCUUUCGCGAUUGGCACACCAAAGUUGAGUAUUGGAGGUAGAAAGUAAUUAUAUAUAUUUUUUCUUUCGGUUUACCCUUUGUGUUCAUUUUGUGAGCAAAUUUUUGAGGUUGUGGUUGCUUUUUCAUGGUUUAAUGCGGUCUUUUUUCUAAAUUUUGUAUAGAUUUUCACCCACUGUUUUAUAUCGUCUGUGAUUUGCUAAUAAUAAUAAUCUUAUUUCCUAUCAGAAUAAUUGUGAUUGACAACGGUACUAUUUUUAAUUUGGGCAGCCUAUACUUUUACAUCGUCAUUUGUCGUUCGCUUUGCUAUAUUAAUGCAAUUCACUGGAAACAAGGGGUGCGUGUCGUGUGACGAACAGUCUUCAUUCUUGCUCUCUCAAAAGUAUAGCUCGCAGUUCGUUAAAAACACAACGAUACCGCAGUUGCUGGGCAAUACCAAUUUCAUGGCCAUGCCAUGGUUACUUUUGCAAUCACUGCUACUAUAAAAAAAAAUUCCCCGCCUUGAAAAAACUAUGAACAACAAAAUUGUAGACAGGAAGAUUGGAUAACCUCAACCACCGGUUUAAACAUGAAAAUUCUAAAAUUUGCAUACUUAUAAGAAAGUUAUCACCAAGUACCUUCGGGACUAAUCAAAUAUUCAGAACCGCUAGCCGUUUUGAAGGUAUCAGUAUUCGAUGGGUGUAAUAUUUAUAUUAUUUUUCAUUAAUUAAAUUAGAGGCGUUAAUAGUGUGAAGAAUGUGCUUAGUGGAAACUGAUAUGGGUUGCUAUAAUAAUAUAUAUAUAUACUACAUAAUUAUGUGCCAAAUAUAAAUUGAUAUUCGCCAAAGCCCUGUUUGUUAACAUUUAUAAAUCACAUCCUUAACACUACCAAUUACCAUUCUGCCCUCGUUGCCUGUAUACAACGUUCUGUCCCACUAAUGUUUCCGUUGUUAAUUUAGCAAAUCUCUUGCGCAUAUAGUUGAAUGUGCUUAUCUCAUCUAAGGCGAUGGUUACGCAUCGUGCGCGCAUUGACGCAUGACCAUUUUUAAUGUGUGGCGCCUUUGAGAAAAUAUUAUAAUAAAAGCAGGCUGAUUUUGCUUCGUCUGAGCCAAACCUGUCCUCAAAAAGUUUGUAGUAGUAGCUAGUAAACAAACACGUCAAUGAAAUGCGCACCAGUUGUUUAUAAAUGUCUAUCAUUAGUGUUUCUUACAUACUGUAUACUGUUGUUGAAACAGUGUGAGAAAACCUCAGAUUUCUCGACCGCGUAACGUGCGAUAGUUUGAAUAAUGCAAAAUCGGAACCUAAACUAUAGGCAAACUAGGUAUUCAACAGCCAAUAUUCGUAUUGAUAACACCAAUGACACGAAUUUUAUGUUGUUAAUAUUUGGACGAGGCACAGUUUGGUUGCAUGUGUUGAGAAUGGUUGAACUAGAGCUCUGCAUUCGGCUCUCAAAGCGAUGUCGGUGGCGGGAUAAGUUAUCCAUCUCCCAGCGGUAACUCUUCUUUUUGCAACCACGAAACAAAAGUGAGAUAUAAAAAAAUUGACGAUGUCCCGAAGUGAAUCAAUCAAGCAUUAAAUCGAGAUAAAUUAUAUAGAAACUGGUCAAUAUUUUUUGAUGUGGCCUGAAGCUAUAACAUUGUAAAUGUAGGUUUGGUUGUUUUAAUUUACGCAAACGAACUCAUUUGCCAUCUUUAUAUAAUAUUAAUGUAGGGAAAAUUGAAUAUAGGCUAACGUUUUGUGUAGACUGUUUAUGAUGGAAUGACCUAAAAACCAUUGUUAUUUAAUAGUCAUUCUGUGUAUCUCAGCACAAAACUAAUACAACAAUUACUAGUAUUAUCGUCUAUACUCUUAUCUAUCGUAUACAUACGAUUUGCACAAUUCACAAAACAUAUUCAUGUGAUUUGACAAUAUGAUGGCUGAUUCAAUUUGCCUGUGUUGAUUAUAUCGACAAAGCAACAGAAAUCGAUUCGCAAUGAUGUCAUAUGAAUAAAUGCAGACACGGAGCUCAUGUGCCCUUUCCAUCGUUAUGCCCAUUUUUUAUGAAAACACAACUCAACUUUUACUUUCUUUUAGGUGACUAAAAUAUGUACCCUGAUAAUAUAUAUGGGAAGACACAGC